AUGACCCGCUCGAGCCCGCGUCGCUCACGUAGCGCCCGCCGAUCGUCGUACCGUCGCUCGUCCACAAAGCGCAGCUCAAGUCGCAGUCGCAGUCGAGACCGCUCGCGACGCAGCAGUCGAAGUCGUCGCCAUCGCUCGCGCUCGACGGAUCGACACAAGCGCCGACGACGUGACCGGGACGACAGACGAUCCCGACGACGGUCGCGCUCGAGGUCCGGUUCUGAUUCGCGGAAAAGGCGAUCGAAACAGCAUCGAAACGAGCCAGUGGUUGCUGUCCCGUCGACGUUAUCGCCGGAAAUCGAGCCGGAAACGGCCGUUCCAAGCGUGCAGAAAAGUGCCAUCGGCUUAGAACGUGUCAAUAAACAGCUGGACUUGGUGAAUAACCGUGAGGUCGUGGGACAGGAUCGAGAGACGGUGCAGGAACGUUUGGUCGAAAAGGAGCGAGCGACGAAUGACACGGAUCGACUUAUAACGUUAAGCGAGACAAAAGAGACGGAAGUCGAGGAGAAGUGUCCGGUGAGCGUUGCAAAACCAGCUGUGGAUGUUCAUUUGAUCAAGGAAAAUGUGCUCAAGGCGCUGGCCGAUGCAAGAAGCACAAUUGCGGGAAUUAAGAAAGGUGGCGGACAGGAUACUUGUGUUGUGACACCUGUGGAUAUACCAGUGCAAGCGACGGUAGUUAAAGAAGACAAACAAGAGCUGGAAACGGUCAUAUCGAAGAACCUAGCAAUGGAAAUGCUUGAGCCGGUAGAGACGACAUCGUUGUCGUUGCAUAGACUAUCUGGUGCAGCAGAAGAUACCAGUGCAGAUGAGUUCGACAUGUUCUCAAUGGCGGCUCUCGAUGAUCAAGAUGAUGCAAUGAAUGGUAGUAACGGUGUGGCUGCUGUCUCGGUGGAAGAAGUGUCGCUCCAAUCGAAUUGCGACGACGCUGAUGGGUAUUACUCUACCACUAUAGGAGAAGUGCUGGAUGGCAAGUUCCGCGUCCUUGGAGCUGUUGGAAAGGGAGUGUUUUCCACAGUGUUGCGCUGUCAGUGCAUUACUCCGUUGCAGGCCGCGAACGGUGAAGCGCUGAGCGUCGUGGCUAUCAAGAUUAUCCGAAACAACGACGUAAUGCGUGACGCCGCGCAUACCGAGCUGAAGCUAUUGAAAGAGUUGGGAGAACGCGAUCCACGUGACAAGAAGCAUUGUAUCCGGCUGCUAGAUUCAUUUUCGCAUCGUAAUCAUGUCGCGAUGGUGUUUGAACCAAUGCAAAUGAACGUCCGCGAGGCCAUGAAGAAGUUUGGUGGAAAAGGUGGCAUUUCGAUUCAGGCCGUGCGCGUCUUUAGUAAGCACCUGUUAAUCGCUCUCAAUCAUUUGGAUUCGUGCGGAGUGAUUCAUGCUGAUAUCAAGCCGGAUAAUAUCCUGCUGAAUGAAAAACAGACAACGGUCAAGCUGUGCGAUUUCGGAUCGGCUUUUCGAUCAGACGAGGGAAAGCAAGAUCCGACACCGUACUUGGUCAGUCGCUUCUACCGCGCGCCUGAGAUUGUGCUGGGCCUUGCUUACAACAAAGCGGUAGAUAUGUGGUCUGUCGGUUGUUGUUUAUACGAGAUGUUCACUGGCAAAGUUGUGUUUCCAGGGAGCACGAAUAACGAGAUGCUCAAACUCUUUAUGGAGCUCAAGGGCAAGAUUUCGAAUAAACUGAUCAAGAAACACCGCCAGGCAUACGUUGACCAGCUGCUGAUGGAGCCGCACUUUACAGAAGACCUCAAGUUCUGCAGCCGAGAGAGCGAUCAGGUCACAGGUAAGCCCAUUUUGCGCUUGAUGGAAACCUUCAAGACCAAGGUUGACCUAGCUAGCAGUCUGCUAGCUGCAAAAAGUGCGUCGGAUGACCGAAAGCUGGUACUUGAGCUUCGAGACUUGCUGGAUCGGAUGUUCACGCUGGACCCGUCGAGGCGCAUCUCGGUUAAGGAUGCGCUUGUCCACCCGUUUGUGAAGGGUUGA